AUGCUCUGCACUGCAACAACAUCCAGUAUUCUGCUCUGGAUACUAUCUGCAGGGAGCCUGCUCGUCCUCUGGCUCAUUGGCUCUAGCAUCUACCACCUUUACUUCUCGCCCUUGUCCAGCUUCCCGGGCCCAAGGCUCUGGGCCUUCUCUUACAUCCCCUUGCAACUGUCAGUGCUCCGUGGUCAGAACCAUCUGGAUGUUACCGCUCUGCAUGAUCGUUACGGCCCUGUCGUACGUAUCAGCCCGACAGAAAUGGCGUUUAAUACACCGCAAGCCUUCCGUGAUAUCUAUGGCUAUAGAUCUGGUGGUUGUUUCCCCAAGGAUCGUAGUCGCUACAUCACACCUGCCAAUGGGGUUGAUCAUCUUGUCUCCGCUGUAGAUAAUGCCGCGCAUGCACGUCAGCGGCGACUGCUAUCUCAUGCUUUCUCCGAUCAUGCAUUGAGGGAUCAGGAGGGACUGAUUAGAGGCUAUGUGGAUACAUUAAUAAGCAAAUUGCGAACAGAGGUGGAGAAGAAGGGUAUCGAUGCAAGUCUGGAUAUCAAGAACUGGAUGAACUACACCACCUUCGAUAUAACAGGGGAUCUGAUGUUUGGUGAGUCCUUUGAUUGUCUCAAGGAUAGCCAGUUGCAUCCAUGGAUCCGCUUGAUAUUCAGCUCUAUCAAAGCGAUCUCUUUCGCUAGUGUGGCACAGCAGUUCCCGCUUUUACGAUUAAUUCUUGAUGCCAUGAUUCCAAAAAAAGUCGCACGAACAGCAAAAGAACAUUUCAACCUUGCUGCUCAGAGAGUGGAUCGUCGAUUGGACGCGAAUAUCUCCCGUCCGGACUUUAUAUCUGCUAUUCUGCAGAAUGGGCUGAGUGAGGCUAAGGGAGCGUAUAUGGAUGGCAAGAGAAUCAUGAGUAGGGCUGAGAUCCAUUCUAAUGCCUUUAUUCUCAUCGUGGCUGGCAGUGAGACAUCUGCAACUCUUUUAUCGGGUUGCAUAUUCUACUUAUGUAUCAAUCCACACGCUAUGCGUCGACUCACCGCGGAGAUCCGAUCAGCCUUUGCCAAUGAUAAAGAUAUAACCUUUCGCACAAUCGCAAGCCUGAAAUAUCUAGCCGCCGUCAUCGAAGAGUCCCUACGCAUGUACCCGCCAUUCGUAACUAGCCUUUCGAGAAUCGUACCAAAAGGAGGAUCGAUUGUUGACGGCGAAGUAAUCGCAGAGGGAACGGCCGUCGCAUGUCACCAUUAUGCAUCAUACCACUCAGCCUCAAACUUUACUUUCCCCCACAGCUUCCUCCCAGAGCGAUGGCUUGGCCAAGACCCUCGUUUCGUCGAAGAUAAAAGAGACGUUCUCCAACCAUUCAGUCUAGGUCCACGAAACUGUCUCGGUAAAAAUUUGGCAUACUGUGAAAUACGCCUUAUCCUUUGCAAGCUGCUGUACAACUUUGAUGUUGUGUUAUGUCCUGAGAGUUCCAACUGGGCUAAUCAAAAGGCAUAUUUCUUAUGGGAUAAGCCUGCGCUCAUGGUUACACUACAGCCAUGUGUGCCGGAACAGAAGGAGACCUAG